CUUUCGGCAAAGUGAUUGUCGGGGAAGUGUAGCGGACCCUUAAAUAGACCUACAAAAUAUUUAAGUGUGAUAUUAUGUCAAUCUCUGUUGUUCGACUUUUUUUAGAUAAAGACUAAUGACAAUUAAUCGUUAUUUAACAUAUCGAAUAAUAGAUACACUAAGUGAGCAUUGUUAUUGUAAUUAAUUCUAUGCAUUGUUUAUUUAAAUAUUAGAAAGAUCAAAAUCAAAUGAUGACGAUUAUCAAGAUUUUCAGACUUAUUUAACAUAUGAUCAAAAAGAUAAAAAUAAAAUAAAAUAUAUUUUACGACAAAUCGAUCUUGAAAAACUAACAGAUCUAGCUGAAUUUAUUAAAGAACUUUCAUGGUAUAAACAAUUUGAUCAUACUAAUCUAAUGUCACUUAAAGAUUGUUUUCUUUUUGAUACUAAACUUUACCUUCUUAAACCUUAUGCUCCAUUUGGUUCUUGUGCGGAUCUUUUAAAUACAAAUCCAUAUGGUAUACGCGAACAAUUAAUUGCUCACAUUCUAUGGCAAACUUUACAAGCUCUUCGUUAUCUUCACGACAGACAUAUCAUACAUCGUGCUAUUACUUCAAAAAAUAUAUAUCUUUGUGAUAAUGGCCGUGUUUUAUUAGAUAAUUUUUCUCAUUGUAUAUCCAUGAUAUCAUCAUUUGAUGGCAAAUUAAAAAGACAAAUAAAUGAUUACACAGCUAAAGCUAAAGAUCAACUAUUAUAUUUAGCACCAGAAGUUAUUUAUCAAAAUACAACUGGAUAUAAUUUAAAAAGUGAUAUAUAUAGUUUGGGUACAGUUGCAUGUGAACUUGCUAAUGGUACUAAUAUUUAUACCAAUAUGCUACAUGAAAAUUUAAGUAUGUUAUAUGCAAAAAUUCAAGGUUCAGAACCGAUUUUACUUGAUCAAACUCAAUUAACAAAUGAAAUCAUUACAUUUAAUAAUAAUAAUACAUCAUAUAUCGAAGAAAUAAAAAAACGAAAACAUACAAAAGAAUUUCAUUCAUUUAUUAAAUCUUGUGUAACCACACGUCUUGAACUAAGAUGUUCAUCCGAUGAAUUGCAUAAUCAUUCAUUUUUUAAAUAUCACAAAAAAUUAAAUCAUAAUCAACAUUUACUUUAUAAUGAAAUGGUAAAAUUACUUGAAAUUUAUAAGAAACAAGAUUCAAUUAAUACUGAAAUGAAAAAUGUUGAGGAAAUAUUUGUUAAUUCGACAAGUGAACAAAUGACAUCAUGGGAAUUUUGA